CCGCCACACUUUGACCUGUCUCAGAGUGCAAUUUACCAAAUUGUGGGGCUGUUUUCGCGAAACGGGGGCCCAAUGCCGGUGAAUAAGCUUUGUUUAUGUUAUGACGCAUCGGUUCGGAUUCACUCUCGGCCAUGUUGAUUCUCUCUGUUUAUUGUUUGAGGCGCCCCGCGACCGUUUCUGUCUUGAUCGAAAAUUUUUCGUGAUUUAGGCCGAAAUGUGAUUGAUAAGGGCGAUAAGAGCGAUGUGCGGGGUCUUGCGGCGAGUUUGUGCUAAGUCUUGCGGGUCCUUUGCGCGCCUUGAGGCGUAAAAUUGUGAAAAUCACUUCUCGGUUUGUAAUGGCUACCUCUCGCGUCCCCCCGUUGGUGUGCAGACAAUGACAGUGAAAAUUUUCACGUGAUAUUUUCGAAAAUCGGCUUCGGUUGGCGAUUGUUGAAUGGAAAGCGAGUUCCGGGGGCGGUGAGACACCACACUGAUGAAUACCAAUGAUCCGAACGCCCUUGCGGGGGCUCACGGGGCUGAAGCCGCGGAGUAAUCGGGGAAACAGAAUUGCCACCACCCAACGUCCACCACCAACCACUUCAAUCCCGACCGAUCUUCGCGUGAAUACGACAGCCCUCAACGCUGUGGCGCUUUCCAGCGUGGCGAAAUACUGGGUGUUGACGAAUCUCCUCCCGGGACCCAUUCCCCAAGUGAGUGUUUAUGGGUUACCGGGAUCGGGACGUAGUGAUAAUCAGGGGAAAAUAACAUCGCAGGAGGCUAUGUUGGGGCAACAUGCGGCUGGGUUGUUACCAGCUGAUCCCUUACUUUUACAACAACAUUCGCAAAUUCCUGUCAGUAUUUCGACAUCGCAAGGGGUUACGAGUUUGUCGAUACCGACAGGUAGUAUGCAUCUGGAGGCCAAUCACCAGGGGCAUCAGGGCAUGGGAGGGCAUCAGCAGAAUGAUCCCAUGAAUCAGAAUCAGAUGAAUCGAGAUCAUAAUUUCCAGAUGUCUCAUCAACAGCAACAAACCCACACCAACCAGCAAAACAUGGUGCAAGUCCAAGUCCAAGAUAAUUUAGUUUCAGUAAUUGAAGAUAGCAAAGAACAAAAAGAUAUAAUCGCUGCUCAACUAGCCCAUGCUCAGAUUCAAUUAAACGAUAAUCAACACUUGAAUCAGCAGGCAUUGACCGUUCAACAAUUACAACAUCUUCAAGUGCAACAAGUCCUUGAUAAUGUUGUCCGGAUGGAAAAUUCGGUCGAAAACACGCAAAAUCAAGCAAACACCGCCGAUCAAACCCAACUAUCCGACAACAUCCAAAUUGUAAAAGACGAGAAAAACUUACAAAAUUGUAAGUUACUGUCUGGGACACAGUUUGGUUUGCAAGACCAUAAAGGUAACUUGAUGGAUGUGCGGACUGCUGAUGGUAGUAUUGUCAAGAUCUCGACGAAUCUUCAAGAGCAAGACUUGGCAAAGACUUUGGGUGUUGAAAUGGUGCAAAAUAUGUACAAAGUGAACGUGGACGACUUGAACCAAUUGUUGGCGUAUCAUGAAGUUUUCGGUAAGCUUCAAGGUGAGAUUGCAACAACUGGUCAAAACAUCGUCCAAAAUACAAACAACACGAACGUGAAUCUCCAACAAAACACAAACAACAUUGCAAUAGUGAGAAAAGACGAGCAGGAGGCUUCGACUAGUAGUUUACCGACCGACAACACCGCCACGGUGAUUACAGGGAACCACGUCUGUGAUUUAUGCGGGAAAAUGUUUCAGUUUCGUUACCAGUUAAUCGUCCAUAGACGUUACCACACCGAACGUAAACCGUUUACGUGUCAAGUUUGCGGUAAAGCGUUCACCAAUUCGCAGGAACUCACCCGUCACGGGAAGUGCCAUCUAGGCGGUAGUAUGUUCACGUGUGCGACGUGUUUCCACGUGUUCGCAAACGCGGCCUCUCUGGAGCGUCACAUGAAGCGACACUCCACCGAUAAACCGUACAAUUGCACAAUUUGCGGGAAGUCAUUCGCGCGGAAAGAACACUUAGAUAAUCACACGCGGUGUCAUACGGGGGAAACCCCCUACAGAUGUCAGUAUUGUGCCAAAACCUUCACCCGUAAGGAACACAUGGUGAAUCACGUGCGGAAACAUACAGGGGAAACACCGCAUCGUUGCGAAAUCUGCAAGAAGAGUUUCACGCGGAAGGAACACUUCAUGAAUCAUGUGAUGUGGCAUACGGGGGAAACCCCCCACCACUGCAACAUAUGCGGGAAGAAGUACACACGGAAGGAACACUUGGCCAAUCACAUGCGCUCGCAUACGAACGAUACGCCGUUCAGAUGCGAGAUUUGUGGGAAAUCCUUCACGCGGAAGGAACACUUCACGAAUCACAUCAUGUGGCAUACGGGGGAAACCCCCCACCGGUGUGACUUCUGUUCCAAGACGUUCACACGCAAGGAACAUCUACUAAAUCACGUGCGACAACACACGGGGGAAUCACCGCAUCGCUGUGGCUUCUGUUCCAAGUCGUUCACACGGAAGGAACAUUUGAUCAAUCACGUGAGACAACAUACCGGCGAAACGCCGUUCAGGUGCAAUUACUGUCCCAAAGCUUUCACCCGCAAGGACCAUUUGGUUAAUCACGUGCGGCAGCACACGGGGGAAUCACCCCAUAAGUGUACGUUCUGUACCAAAUCAUUCACGCGGAAGGAACAUUUGAACAACCAUGUGAGACAACAUACGGGGGAAUCCCCCCAUAGGUGUCACUUUUGUUCCAAGUCCUUCACCCGCAAGGAGCAUCUCACGAAUCACGUGAGGAUCCACACAGGGGAGUCCCCACAUCGGUGCGAGUUCUGUCAAAAGACAUUCACUCGCAAGGAACAUCUAACCAAUCAUUUGAGACAACAUACGGGGGAAACCCAGCAUUGUUGCAACGUUUGUUCCAAACCCUUCACCCGCAAAGAACAUCUGAUCAACCAUAUGAGAUCACACACCGGCGAACGCCCGUUUGCUUGUACCGAAUGUGGAAAGUCGUUUCCACUCAAAGGCAACUUGCUCUUCCACCAAAGGUCGCACAACAAGGGCGCGUUAGCCGAUCGGCCCUUCCGUUGCGACCUGUGUGAGAAGGAUUUCAUGUGCAAAGGGCAUUUGGUGUCGCACCGUCGGUCACACAGCGGCGAAAGACCACAUUCGUGUCCCGAUUGUGGUAAAACUUUCGUCGAAAAAGGGAAUAUGUUGCGACAUUUGCGUAAACAUACCGUCGAAAACGGGCAAAGUAAUGAUCAGGUGGCGACGAAUCAAGCGCCACAAACGUCGAAUGCCAACUUGCAAAUACCGCAAGUUAGUCAGACGCAAACGGCGCCUAGCAAUAACAUCGUGACGCAAAUGCCGAUGCAUCCGCCGAGUAAUCAUCCGGUCGUUGUGCCUACCGCCAACGGAAAUGUCUUGGCUAGUUAUUAGUGUGAUAUUGUGAGGUUAGGUAGUUCCUUGUAUUGCCAUAUCCUUGAAGCAGUAUUCCCUCCUCGAGUAGGUUAAGAAGAGAGUGACAAGUGAGGAGCACUUGACACUGCGAUGAUAUUCUAAAGUAUGCCAUGACGCGAUGGAAGCCCAUCAUGGCCUACUAAUACUUAAUACGCCUGGGUGACUUAAAGAUUGUACCAUCAAAGUUUAAUUCAUUCAUUUCCAAUUCCGUGUUGCCAUAAGUUUUUGACGCAAUCUAUUAUAGUCACCAGGUGGUAUAACUGGUGUUUUCUAUAUUUUUACAAACAGCAAAUGAGCGAUUUAUAGCUGACUUAAAGCUCGAAAGAGAGAUUAUCUAAUCCAUAUUCCAUGGUUAUUUGAUCAAGAAGUAAUACUAAUGGUAAUUACAUGUGCCCUAUCGUUGUUCCCUAAAGUACCGGGUGACUUAAAUAUUGUACCAUCAGAUUUAAAUGUGAAAAUUUAAUACAUAGUUGUCAUUCUUUUCCAAUUCCGUGCUACCAAUAGAUUUUUGACACAAUCUUUUAUAGUCACCCGGUAGUAUAUUGGUGUUUUCUAUAUUUUUACAAACAACGAAUGGGCGAUUUAAAGCUAAUCUAAAGCUCGAAAGAGAGACUAUCCAAUCAAUAUUCCUUAGUUAUUUGAUCAAGAAGUAAUACUACUGGUAAUAAGACAUGUCGUAUGGUUGUCUAUUAUUACCUAUGAAUUUGGCUCAGCUGGUGGCGUAUUGAGUAUUAGGGGAUCAUGUCCCAGUGAGGGUUCCGUGCACACCCUGUACAUUUAGCGGUUUGUGUUGUAAAUAAUUAUAUAUAUUAACGAGGCCAGUUGAAUUUUUGUACUUAUGUUAAGCAGCUUAGAUCGUGGAAUUUUAUCUAUACUAUAAUAUUCUUGUGAUAAAUGAUUUCGAUGCGGGCCUAUUUUGUGUAUUCACGACCAAUUUGUAGGGUUAGUGCGUCACUUGUUUUGAUAUUAAUUUUUUUGGUGCUAUAAUAACGGGGACUGAUGUGUUGAAAACACUUUUUGAUUUUUGCACAGAUCUGAUUUUUUACCGUUCAAGUGACGAGUUUUAAUGAAGCUUGCUGUACAUAAAACUAUAGGAGAAUUAUGCUAAAAUGUAAAUUUGUUAUUAGAUAAUGUAACAAUUACUUGUUACUGGAUGUUUCUGACUUAGUUACAUUGUAGAACAAUUACUAUGAUUACAAAUGCUUUUUUGUACAUAACUAUUAUGUAAAGUAACCCGAAAAGUGUUUGUAGUUGUAAAUUUUCGAGAGUAAUUAUUAUAAAUUUAUAGAAGCUAUAUAUUAUACAUAUACACUUUAGUUAAUAUUUUUUAGAUUAUUUUGUAAUACAACCAAGAUGUAUGUUUCUUUUUUAAUAAAAAUAGUUGUAUUGGA